AUGAUUAUAACCUCUUGUCGAAACAUAAAUGUUGAUGAUAGGGAUGAGAAUCUUGCCUUUGCAGUGAAUGUGAAGGUUAUGGCUAUCUAUUCCUUAUAUAUUCUCAAUAAAGCAGGUACUUUAAUCUUUCAGAAUGAUUAUGUAGGUUCAGUUGAGAAAUUAAGUCAUAAUGCAUAUAUUAGUUUAGGAUCAAUGUUUCAUGGUUUACAUGCUAUUGCUAGUAAUCUUUCACCUACAGGGUCAUCAUCUGGUAUCGAAACAAUAGAAACUGAAGCAUUUAAAUUACAAUGUUUUCAAACUCAUACAGGAAUGAAAUUUUAUACUAUAUCAGAUCCAAAUCAUCCAAACUUGGAUGAAAUAUUACACAACAUUUAUGAAUUAUAUACAGACUAUGUUUUAAAGAAUCCAUUUUAUGAAUUGGAAAUGUCAAUUAGAUGUGAUCUAUUUGAUGAUAAAUUGAAUAGAUUAUUGAAAGGUACAACUGCCGAUUAA